GAGGCGGCGGCGGCGGCGGCGGCCAUGGCGGCCCCGUCGCUGUCCCCGCUCCCUCCGCUGCCCCCGCAGUUCAAGAGCCUCCAGCACCACCUGAGGACGGGCCAGGAGCACGACAAGCGGGAGCCCGUGGUGGCCUAUUACUGUCGCUUAUAUGCUAUGCAAACAGGGAUGAAGCUUGACAGUAAAACUCCAGAAUGCCGCAAGUUUUUAUCAAAACUUAUGGAUCAGCUAGAAGCUCUUAAGAAGCAAUUGGGCGACAAUGAAGCUAUCACUCAGGAAAUAGUUGGUUGUGCCCAUUUGGAGACUUACGCUCUGAAGAUGUUUCUGUAUGCAGACAAUGAAGAUCGAGCUGGAAGAUUUCAUAAAAAUAUGAUCAAGUCUUUCUAUACUGCAAGUCUUCUAAUAGAUGUCUUAACAGUUUUUGGGGAACUCAGUGAUGAAAAUGUUAAACACAGAAAAUAUGCCAGGUGGAAGGCAACCUAUAUUCAUAACUGUCUAAAGAAUGGAGAGACUCCUCAAGCUGGACCUAUUGGAAUGGAAGGAGAAGGUUCCGAUGGUGAAAGUGAAGACGUGGGCACAGCUUCUCUACCUACUCAGCCUCAGCCAUCAUCUUCUUCAUACGAUCCAGGCAGUAUGCCAUCAAGUCAUUUCACUGGCAUACAGAUUCCUCCAGGUGCACAUGCUCCAGCAAAUACUCCAGCUGAAGUGCCUCACAACACAGGUGUAGCAAGCAGUACCAUCCAACCUACUCCACAGAAUAUUCCUCCUGUUGAUCCGUCUCUUUUCAAUGCUAUAUCCCUAGGGGAUGUCCGCCUAACGCCAGAGGACUUUGCCCGAGCUCAAAAAUACUGCAAAUUUGCAGGGAGUGCCUUGCAGUAUGAAGAUGUAAGCACUGCUGUGCAGAAUCUACAGAAAGCCCUCAAGUUACUGACUACAGGCAGAGAAUGAAGCCUUUGUCCUUGCAUUUUUGGCCUAAAGAACUAAACAGUCCAUUACUCCAUCUUCAGCAUUUUAGGAACACAGUCAUAAGAAAGGCUUCAGUUCCACUGAACGUGACAAUGAAAUCUGUGUCUGGGUAUCAGAGUCCUGUUGCCGUAUUAAUAAGCAGCCUCAACCAGUUUUCAUUUUCCACUUAGUGGAAUCAGUAAUGUUUGGGAAGGGUGAUUGUUAGUGAGAUGUUCAAAAUGCAUAUUGGAGUCAGCAUAGAACAAUGAGAAUGAGUGCUUAACUAAAAUGUAUUUAUCUUGAAAGGGUAAUGAUGAUUCAGUUUUCAUACUGGGCUAGAGAAUAUAGUCAUCUUUGGAAGGCACUGGCUUUACUGCCUAAUUUAAAUAGUAACUUUGACAAAGGUUGUCAAAAGCAGUCAUUUUUACAUUAGAAACCAUACUCAAGCUGUUAUUUAAGAUUCUGAGGAAAGCUAGGAUGGAUAAGUCAUCAGUAGUAGAAUCCGUGGAAGAUCAUUUUAAAAAACUCAAUUCGUUUCAAUGUUGAAUGAGAAUAAAUUAAAGCUAGUUCAUUUUUCAAGAAGGGGAUAAUAGAAAACUAAAUGGAAUCAAUGUUCUGUUUAAAAGAGUAAUUUUGGUUUUCAGCGGCUUGAUACACAACUUGAAAUUCUGGGCGAAAUGUGUGGUUUUUGGGGGGGGGGUUUUGGUUUUUUUCCCCUGACUUUGCUUAGACAGUUUAACUUUAUAUACCUGGGGAAUGAGAAAAGGGCAUUGUUACUAAUGUCUGGGAACUUAGCACUUUGAAUAAGAUGCUCUUUUACUUAAGCCGGAUUCUGAAGAUUUUUCUAUUACACAAAACUUCCUGUUUGAAUGAUGUAGUAGAUUGGCUUUGUUGUUGGGAAUUGUGGCAUAAUCAAUUGUGAUACCUGCAUCCAUACUAUAUAAAAAAUAAAAGCAAAAUGCUCCUUUAACUAGAAGUACCUGUUACAUGAACAAAAUAUCAGUUUUCUAACACCUAGUUAAUUAGCCAUUUUUAGCCAAAGUAGGCUUGCUGCAUUAAAAUUAUAAAUUAAAUGAUUCAUCACUGUGUAAUUGGUACCUAAAAGUAGGAGAUUCUACCUGAAAACUUGUGAUGUACCUGACAUGUCCUGUAAAGACUGCAUGAUUUCCCUCCAACCUGUUUGAAAGAGUGAGUGAAUCAUUUACCAAACAUCCGUAAGCAUUUUCAUGGAGUAAGUCUUGAGAAAACAAGUCAGUUCCUACUUUUUCCUGUGUAGUUAUAAUCCCAGUGUCUACAAAGUUUGUGUAGGGUUCAUUUUGCACAUUUAGAAUAAACAAUUCCAAGGCAUUACCCAAAACUUCCUGUGAUUCCAGCCUUAGGUUUCUACUUGUUAGAGUUUUACAAACAUCACUGAUGUUUCAAGUUCCAUAAAAAAGCUACUCAAAUCUUCCCCCAAAUUUAAUUGUUCCCUAUUCAGCAGCCUCUUUAAACAUACUGGUGCUUAGAUAACCACAGACUGCUGGAGAAACCCUCUAGAAUUAUUUGCUGCAUUAGGAAGAUUGAAAAUGCUGUUAUGCGUUGCAAGAUAUAGUCAUGAGGCAAUUAGUAACUUGAAAAAGUCAGUUUUCAAAAAAUACCAAAUAGUGCGUGAAUCUUAACUCCCUCAAACAUUAUAGAAUGGUAUGAUGCUCUAAAAAUUGACAUGGCUGUCAUUUUGUAAGAUGCUACUGACCAAACAGGAAGGUGACUUGUAAAGGGAGAACUGUAGUUAGUUCAGUCCUGCUAAGUGUGAAGAAAGUUAAGUACUUUACCUCUGUAAAGUAGGUUAUGCAAAGUUAUCCCAGAAUGCAGUAAAAUUAAUUGCUGUAAUGUCCAGCAGUGCACAGGAGAUUCAUUCAUUCCAAAAGAAACUGAAGCAAGCUAUGUUUCAAUAUUAACACAGUUCUUUUUAAGGAAUUCUUAAGAGGUUUGGAAAAAUAUGCUAGUGAAUCCUGGCAGGCAAAAACUUAAAUAAACAAUACUAGUGAUACCCAUUUUUAAGGUUACUUUGUAUUCCUAAUUCUGGCCUCCGUAAUCCUAAGUAAAAUGUUGACAUCUAUUGAUUGUAACAAAAAACUAUAAUUAUAAAGUGUACAUUUUAUUAAAAUAAGUGCAUCGAGGAAAAAA